AUGAGUGAGGUUUCGUCCACACGGCUUUAUCUUGGGAAUCUUCCCCGUAACGGCCACCAAGAGCUGACGUUUCAAUGGCGCCCCCCUCCGGGUGCUCCGUUCCUUCCAGUGAACAAACAGGAUAUCGAAGAACAUUUUAGCACCCAUGGCUCCGGCAAGAUCACAGAGAUUAAGUUGAUGAGCGGCUUUGGUUUCAUCGAGUACGAAGAUGCCUUGGACGCCCGCGACGUUGUUCCCGCGUUUCAUGGCAGCGAUUUCAAAGGAGAACGUCUGACCGUUCAAUUUGCACGCGGACCUCGUCACAAGGAAACCUUCAAUGGGCCUUCAGAUAGGUUCAACAACGCUCCCAGACCUCGUCGCACAGUUUUCCGCAUGCAAGUUUCUGGUCUUCCGUCCGAGACUAGCUGGCAGGAUCUUAAAGACUUUGCUCGCCAGUCGGGUCUUGAUGUAGUUUACUCUGAGACUACUCGUGAGCGCGACGGUAGAGGGUUUGUCGAGUUUGAAUCGGCUUCCGACCUCAAAACCGCUGUCGAAAAGCUUGAUGGCAGAGAACUAAAAGGCUCUCGGGUCACCUCUGUUGCUGACAUCCAGCCCGCCGAAGAGCGACCCCCGGCGCGAGACCCUUAUCGCUCACGGUCACCGCCGCGCCGUGGAUAUCCUCCUGUCGACGACUACGACCGACGUGGCCCUCCGCGUGGGUAUAGUCCUCGAGGCCACUAUCGUGAACGCUCCCCACAAGCACUUCGCCGCGACUAUUACGACCGGGAUGGUUACGGGCGACGCACACCUCCUCGUCCCCGCAUCGAAGACUAUCCUCCUCCAAGACGCCCAUAUGAUGACCCCUACGACACAAGACCACCACCGCCGCCACCGCCGCCUCGCCAUUACGACGACCCUUAUUUUGCAGGAAGACCGUAUGGCCGACCGCGCAGUCCGCCACGCGGUGAUUAUGCAGCCUAUGAUCGUCGUCCAUACUGGUAG